AUGAAGAGUGUAAGCCUGACGUUAAGUUCGAAGAUUGUAAUCUUGACUUUGAGUGUGAAGAAUGUAAGCCUGACUUUGAGAGUGAAGAAGGUAAGCCUGAUGUUGAAAAGUGAAGUGAGUGUGAAGAUUGUAAGCCUGACUUUGAGAAGUGAAGAUUGUAAGCCUGACGUUGAGUGGGAAGAUUGUAAGCCUAACGUUGUGUGUGAAGAUGGUCAGUCUGACGUUGGGUAUGAAGAUUGUAAGCUUAACGUUGUGUGUGAAGAUGUGAAGAUUGGAAGCCUGACGUUGAGUGUUAAGAUUGUAAGCCUGACGUUGGAAAGGGAACAUUGUAAGCUUGAAGUUGAGUGUGAAGAUUGGAAGCCUGACGUUGAGUGGGAAGAGUGUAAGCCUGACGUUAAGUGUGAAGAUUGUAAGUCUGAUGUUGAGUGUGAAGAUUGGAAGCCUGACGUUGAGUGUGAAGAGUUGAACAGUGUAAGCCUGACAUUGAGAAGUGAACAGUGUAAGCCUGACGUUGAGUGUGAAGAUUGGAAGCCUGACGUUGACGUUGAGUCUGAAGAUUGUAAGCCUGACGUUGAGUGUGAAGAUGAUUGUAAGCCUAACGUUAAGUGUGAAAAUUGUAAUCUUGACGUUGAGUGUGAAGAAUGUAAGGCUGACGUUGAGUGUGAAGAAUGUAAGCCUGACGUUGAAAGUGAAGAAUGUAAGCCUGACGUUGAGAGUGAAGAAUGUAAACCUGGCGUUAAGUGUGAAGGUUGUAAGCCUGACGUUCAGUGUGAGGAUU